AGGUCGGUCCUGUUAGUAUUACCUCCGCGCCGGAAUUCUCCUCCGGUAACAGCUGCAAAGCUGCAGCCUUUUGACAAAGCUCUGGUCUAAGUAAAGUCAAGAAGUUGCUGGUUGUGUAUGAGUAGGAGUGGUGGCCUGUUAGGGUUUCGGUUUUGUGUAGGGGACUUGCAGAUCUGCUGAGUUUUGUGCAGUAUUGCAGGGCUUAGGUUUUGUUUGCUGUUGCUGUUUUUUUUUGCGGUGUUGAGAGGUGGCUGUGGAUGGUAGCCUGCGGCGGACAAAGAAGAGUAGAGAGGUGUUGUUUGUAGAUGAUGAACGGAGCUCAAGAGAGCGAUCGCAGAGGGAGGCGGCGUUUUGGUAAAUUCUUCACAUGGAAUGGCAGAUCUUGCUAGCUACGGGAAUGCCCAUCGUGACAUCGACCAGGCAUUAAUUGCCUUGAAGAAAGGUGCUCGGCUUCUGAAAUAUGGUCGCAAGGGAAAGCCUAAGUUUUAUCCAUUUAGACUUUCUAAUGAUGAGACAUCAUUAAUCUGGAUAUCAAGUAGUGGUGAAAGGAGUUUGAAGUUAUCCUCAGUCUCAAAAAUUAUUCCUGGACAAAGAACUGCUGUUUUCCAGCGGUUUCUCCAUCCCGAGAAGGAUUAUUUAUCAUUUUCUCUUAUAUACAACAACGGAAGGCGGACACUUGAUCUGAUUUGCAAGGACAAAGUUGAGGCUGAGGUGUGGAUUGCAGGCCUCAAAGCAUUAAUAUCUUCUGGACAGGGUGGGCGUUCAAAAAUUGAUGGCUGGAGUGAUGGAGGCCUCUAUCUUGAUGACAGCAGAGACCUGACAUCCAAUAGUGCAAGUGAUAGCUCUGUUAGUGCCUCUCGAGACAUUAGUUCCCCUGAGGUUCCUGUCUCUUUAAAACCAAAUACUUCUCCAAAGAGUUUGAGGUCUGAGACUCCUGUACAUUCUGGAAGGUCACAUGUAGCAUCAGACAGCACAAAUAUGCAAGUAAAAGGAUCAGGUUCAGAUGUUUUUCGAGUUAGUGUCUCUAGUGCCCCUAGCACUUCCAGCCAUGGUUCUGCACCAGAUGAUUGUGAUGCUCUAGGGGAUGUGUACGUAUGGGGUGAGGUUAUAUGUGACAAUCUAUUGAAGAUUGGGGCUGAUAAGAAUGCUAGUUAUUUGAGCACGAGAGCAGAUGUGCUUCUUCCUAAGCCUCUGGAGUCCAAUGUAGUUCUAGAUGUACACCAUAUAGCCUGUGGAGUCAAGCAUGCUGCCUUAGUAACAAGGCAAGGUGAAGUGUUUACAUGGGGUGAAGAAGACGGAGGACGGCUUGGCCAUGGUGUUGGAAAGGAUGUUAUUCAACCUUGUUUUCUUGAAUCAUUGGCAGCUACUAGUGUUGAUUUUGUUGCCUGUGGAGAGUUUCAUACUUGUGCCGUGACAAUGGCUGGAGAACUUUAUACUUGGGGUGAUGGAACACACAAUGCUGGGCUUCUUGGUCAUGGUACAGAUGUCAGCCACUGGAUACCCAAGAGAAUCUCAGGUCCUCUUGAGGGCCUUCAGGUUGCUUCAGUAACUUGUGGUCCUUGGCACACAGCCCUGAUAACAUCAACUGGGCAGCUCUUUACCUUUGGUGACGGUACAUUUGGUGUCUUAGGCCAUGGUGACAGAGAAAAUGUUCCAUAUCCUAGAGAAGUAGAUUCUCUGUCAGGAUUGAGGACAAGUGCUGUAGCUUGUGGCGUGUGGCAUACUGCUGCUGUUGUGGAGGUUAUUGUCACAGUGUCUAGUGCUAGUGUUUCAUCUGGGAAGUUGUUUACUUGGGGGGAUGGAGACAAGAAUCGACUUGGACAUGGAAACAAGGAGCCUCGGCUUAAACCCACCUGUGUGCCAGCACUAAUUGAUUACAAUUUUCACAAAGUUGCUUGUGGGCAUAGUCUAACAGUUGGUUUAACUACUUCAGGACAAGUGUUUACAAUGGGAAGUACUGUGUAUGGUCAACUUGGGAAUCCCUAUGCUGAUGGAAAACUACCACAUUUGGUAGAAGACGAUCUUUCUGGGGAAUGUGUUGAAGAAAUCGCCUGUGGUGCAUAUCAUGUAGCUGUUUUAACAUCUAGGAACGAAGUAUAUACGUGGGGAAAGGGUGCUAAUGGGAGAUUGGGCCAUGGAGAUGUAGAAGAUCGAAAAACCCCAACUUUGGUGGAAGCUUUGAAGGAUAGACAUGUGAAAUAUAUUGCUUGUGGUUCAAACUAUAGUGCAGCUAUUUGUCUUCAUAAAUGGGUAUCUGGUGCUGAGCAGUCUCAAUGCUCAUCUUGUAGACAGGCUUUUGGGUUUACCAGAAAAAGGCAUAACUGCUAUAACUGUGGCCUUGUGCACUGUCAUUCCUGUAGUUCAAGAAAAGCAUUAAGAGCAGCUUUGGCUCCUAAUCCUGGCAAACCAUAUCGUGUUUGUGAUUCCUGUUUUACCAAAUUGAACAAGGUUUCUGAAGCAGGUAACAGGAGGAGUUCUGGACCUCGCCUCUCAGGUGAGAAUAAAGACAGGCUGGAUAAAUCUGAGAUAAAAUUGGCCAAGUCAGCAUUGCCUUCUAAUAUGGACUUAAUCAAGCAGUUGGAUAACAAAGCAGCCAAACAAGGGAAAAAAACUGAGACAUUUUCCCUCGUUCGCUCUACUCAAGCACCUUCUUUGUUACAGUUGAAAGAUGUUGUUUUGUCUACUGCUGUUGAUUUGCGGAGGACAGUUCCUAGACCAGUUCUUGCACCAUCUGGAGUAAGUUCCAGGUCUGUUUCUCCUUUUUCCAGGAGACCUAGCCCUCCGCGCUCUGCCACACCUAUUCCUACAACAUCAGGACUUUCUUUCUCCAAGAGUAUAACAGACAGUUUGAAGAAGACAAAUGAACUUCUGAAUCAAGAGGUGCUUAAGUUGCGUGCACAGGUUGAGAGCCUGAGACAGAGAUGUGAACUCCAAGAAUUUGAGCUUCAACAAUCAAAAAAGAAAACUCAGGAAGCUAUGACAUUGGCUGCAGAGGAGUCUGCUAAAUCUAAAGCAGCAAAGGAGGUUAUAAAGUCGCUUACAGCACAACUCAAGGAAACGGCCGAGAGACUCCCACCUGGAGUUUAUGACACUGAGAACAUUAGACAUGCAUUCCUACCCAAUGGCCAGGAGCCAAACGGCAUUCACUAUUCAGAUGCAAAUGGACGGUGGUAUUCGGGAGCAGAUUCAAUUGCUAGCUCUUUCCUUGCUUCCCCUGCUAGUGUUGACUCUGUGACAACUAAUGGAGUUCAGGUUUCUACUCAAUUGCUUAGGGAACCACCUGGAGGGAAUGGGAGUGAUGGCCAUCCAGGUGCCAGGCUGACAAAUGGUAGUCUAGGGUUUCGGACAAGUAACGGUAGUGUUUCAGAGGUUGCUGAUGAGAAGGAAUAUGGGCGUCCCCAAGAUGGCGAGAAUGGUAUGAAAUAUAGAAAUCCUACAUUGGUUGCUAAUGGUAAUCAAGUUGAGACUGAGUGGAUUGAACAGGAUGAGCCCGGUGUAUAUAUAACACUUGUGGCACUUCGGGAUGGAACCAGGGAUCUCAAACGAGUGAGGUUCAGCCGGAGAAGAUUUGGAGAACACCAAGCUGAAACCUGGUGGUCAGAAAAUCGGGAAAAGGUGUAUGAGAGAUACAAUGUUCGUGGGUCUGACAAAUCGUCGGUCUCCGGACAGGCUGCCCGAAGAUCGGAGGGAGCCCUUUCACCAACUUCUCAAACGUAGCAACAAAGGGUGGGAGGGCAAUUCAGUAGCAAUCCAUUUUGUACCAAAGGAGCACAAACCCAAGUAGAAACCUGCCCUUUUUUUUUUCCCCUUUUUCUCCCAUUUUUUUUUAACUCCCUACCCUCUCUUUUCCUUCUUUUUCUCUUUUAAUUUAUUUUCUUUGAUUAAAUUUCAGGGUAUUAGCCCCCUACAUAUAAUAUCUAUUGUACUGUAGUGUAUAUAAAAUCAAUUGUUAAAUGGUCCGGCAGUAAAGUUUUUGUUUUGUG